CCCUUUUCCUCUCGGCCGCUCCAGCGGGACGGAAAGCCCUUUAAUCGGCCGCGUCGAGGUGAUCCCUUUUCUUUCUCUCUCUUUUUUUUUUUAGAAAGAUAACGUCCGCAUGAGAAACGGUGGUUUUGCGGCGUGGCUCGUAAAGGGUCGGUUAGCGCGUCCCGGCACGAAAUAAUUCGUGUUAAUUCGCCCCGACGAGGUUUAUCUUCGAUUCGUGUCGUCAUUUACAUAACGCGACGCGUUCACGUCGCCCCGAGUGCUCGUGUUUUCUUGCUCUUUUUUUUUCCUCCCUAUUUCCGACGCUGUCGUGUUUGCCGAGUUGGUAACAAUACAGCUCGCGGCAAAGCGCGCCGGGAAAGAUCGCGUAACGGCGGAAAUGAACGUCUAAUAUUUAAGCCGCCGCCGUCGCCGCCGAGGUCUCGCGGGUGAGGGAGAGAGUAUUUCUCCAAGUAUUUUGUCUAUAAAACCCGUGCGAUCGAUUCCCGCGCGCGUACGGAGAGAAAUGAAAUCUGCGCGAGGCGUCUUCCGCCCUCGGCCCCGCUAAUUGUAAGCGCAUAAAUUAGUCAAACUGUGUAAAGGUUAGGGAGUCAAGGGGGAUCACCUCGACCGUGCGUCUCCUGGCAAUAAUUUAAGUCCCGUGGGGUGCCUCGUCGGAAUAUUGCCGCUUGCGGGAUUAUCGGUAUCGCGUAAGCGGCGCAGCGGCAACUAAUAUUCCAAGUGCGGCGUAGAUCGCGGGAUCGAUCGGAGGCGACGCGCGCCUCGCCCGAUGAUCGCGAUCGAGAGGGCUACGCCGAUCCGAUCGCAUUUACGAUUCCCGUGCAUUCGGCGGCGAUAAACGGACACGCCCACGCCUGCACGGAGAGCAGCAGCCCGGACGCGCGGCGGACGUGGUCGUCGCCGACCGCAGAAGCGGGCUUCGGCGGGCCUCGCCGGGCGCGGAUCGCAUAGGACCAUCUAGCCGCCGAUACGUCCCUGAUCUGGUGUGGUUUGGACACUGACGUAUUUCAUUCUUGCGACUUGUCAAUAACAUCAAUCAUGGAGACGCAAACUGAGAUGCCGGGAAACACAACGGUGGGUAGCACGCUACUCGACGAGGAACUUCGUCGAAUUCUGCUGGAACGUGAGCAAGAAUGCAUGAAGCUGAAAGCCGCGAAUACGACGUUGCCGCUGUCGGAGCCGUACUGUCGAUUCACUUUCGACGGGUGGUCCUGUUGGCCAAACACUCCAGCGGGAUCAACAGCUUAUAUACCGUGUCCUGAUUUCAUCACCGGCUUCGAUGCAUCGCCCCGGCCUACCACCCAAUUCAAGCUGGCGACGAGAUGCGGCCGUCCCGCGAUAUAAAACAUUAUUUUUAUGAAUUUGAAAUUAAAUGUUAUUCUUAAUAAAGAGUUCGAGAUUUUUGUCAUAAUUUGAAA